AUGAGCAUCUCCUGGCUAAUUCGAGUGACAUUGAUCUUCGGGUCGAUCGGGUGCGGGAUCGCGAGUUUCACCGCCCAGUGCUUCACCACUCGCUUCAACCAGGCAAUUUCGAAUGCAGACCCGGUUGCUGAACUUUUUGAGCUGAAACUUCAGGACUGCCUAAACUACUGUAUUCUGAAUGCUGCAAAAGCGGGGGACGGAUGCGCCUCGGUCGUCUAUCACAAAGAGUACAACACCUGUCAGAUUUACGGCCAAGAUGGGACGAUGGGAGGUUCACAAAUCGUCGCAGCUCAAAAUCACGACUAUUACAACAGGACAAGCUUUAUUGGGGCGUGCCAGGAUCGAGUGGUUCCAAGACGCGGCUAUCAGCAGCGUCCUCGACAGUACAGCGUACGGACGGUAAAUGAACCUUUCCCCGGCCCACCAAGCGUACUCGUCAGUUCAAAAGACUCCUCCGAACAGUCCAAAGAGGAAAGUGUCGUGGUUGAAAGUAUCGAUCGUCAACUUCCAGUUGUGGAUUCCGAAGCAGCCGAAGCCGUCGAAGCGCUACGUCUGAAGCAUUUGGCCGAUAUUUUGGAUGCGGAUGAGGAGACUCCUGCAGAGGCUACAGCAACUUUCUACAAUCCAGUGAUGACUAACGUUUGCACAAAGCGAGAGGUUGUUUCCUAUUUUGUGCUCUUCGGGCGAUCGCUGUCUGCUAAAGUGCGACCCGCCAAGCUUCGCGGGGUCGACCAGAGCAGUUGUAUUAUGUACUGCUCACAGAAUAUUAACGCUACCGGUUCAAAAUCCCCUUGCUACGCCGCGAAUUACGACCCCGCUAGAGAAGAAUUGGCUGAAGACCCGAACAUCAUUUUUGCGGAUAAAUUCUGUAUGCAAACCCAAAAAGAUUGCUCAGCCGAUUCACCCUACGUCGUCUACCUUCACAAGCAGAUGACGAAGAAGAUUAUUUCGCACUAUCCCGAUGUUCAUUCUAUCGUUGCUUGCAUGGCGUUAUGUAUUGACCAUGGGCAUUGUAAGGCAGUCACGUAUAAAGAAGGCGGUCUCUGCAUCCUGCACGCCGGCUCGCCAGCCCUUGACCCGAAGCUUAUCGUCGACGGAUCUUCGCAAACUAUGGUAGUCGAGAAUGGGUGCCAGACGAGUGCGAGAGCAGUGCCGAGCUUAUUGUCGGGGAGAAUGGAACGCAUGGAACCAGCCCAAGAAACCCCUGAAGCCGAGGCUUCCGAAUGGGGCGAGUGGUCGGGUUGCCAAUUCGGGUCUCGAAGCGCCAGACUACGCUCCAGAACCCGCGAAUGUUACUCGGACAACUGUGACGAUCUCCAGAUGGAGGCCUGUAAAGCUGGAGAAUAU